UGAGGCACCCCUCUCGUGAAGGAAGGGCCCUGACAGGGUCUGCCGAGCUUGGGGGCGCGUGCCACCUUAGAUGCGCCCGCCGAAACUCCGCGGCCUGGCUCAGACUCAUGACGCUCAAUAUUUGAUUAGUGUACGGUACGUAGCAAAAGGUUCCGUCAUUCCUAGGGCCUUUCAGGAAAAGAGUUCCAUGGCGCAAAUCCUCGUCACGGUCCUCGCAUUGGGCACCGCAUGGGCGGAUCCCAUGGAUGUGGUGCGCCUGAACCGGCACCUCUUCACCGCCAACGUGCUGAACCCUGCGGGCAGAGGCGCAGAGCAGUGGGUGGUGUCCUUCUGCCCGCACUGGUGGAGGCCUUGCCAGACUUUCGCCUCACGCUUCGCCAAGAAUGCGAAGCAAUGGCAUUCCGAGCUCAAUACCGACUCCUCUUUUGUGCGCGUGCGCUUUGCUGAGGUAGACUGUGCCGCGGAGAAAGCCUUGUGCAAUGAGCAGGGCGUGAAGACCUACCCAAGAGUGGCCGUCUACCGCGGCGGCGAGCAGGUGGAGCAGACAGGAGGACUGAAGUGGAGUUCGCAGGAAAAUCAUUUGGAGACGUGGCUCGAAGAACAGCUCCGCCCGAUGCAGGCAUCCUCUUUUGCGGGGUCAGUCCAACUACCGCUGGGCUUGAGCCAAUAUUGGCAGUUGUCGUCCGAGGGCCUUGGCGAAGGGCCUUGGCUGGACCUCUUGCUGACAGUGGCGGCGGUGACGGCAAGCACUCAGUUGGUGCGCACCGACAAGGCGUCGGGCCCGAGGGUGCCACUCUUUGGACAGACGGGUCGCCUUCCGGCCCACCUGGACCUGUGAUGCUGGAAGCGCUCUGGCUCCGGCAGUUCCAUAUCUCAGCUUUUCAUAUGCAAGGCGCACAAGGCGCCUGGCCAGCGGCUGGCCGUACACAAAACGGCCGAGCCCGCGCGGCGUUGGAAUCCAAACCCCGAACUUCGACCAGGACUUGAAGCACCGGCCAGUCCCCGGA